CACGGGGUAGCUUCCGGUUCGCCUCUGAAGGGAGAGGGCGGGUCCUCGGCGGAAACAUCUAUGACGAUGGCGACAACCAUGGAGGCUGGCGGGGUCGGCGCCGCGCUGCAGGCGGCCGAGGUCCUGGAGAGCAUCGUGAGCAGCUGCUUGGGGCCCGAGGGGCGGCAGGUGCUGUGCACGAAGCCCACGGGCGACGUGUUGUUCAGCCGCGAUGGGGGCCGCCUCCUGGAGGCGCUGAACGUAGGGCAUCCCGUGGCCAGGAUGAUACUGACUUGUGUUUCCGUGAAUCAGAAUGUGACUGGAGAUGGUGCUAAAACAUUCAUUAUUCUUCUUUGUGAUUUACUCCGAGGACUUAAGGCAGUCGCUGAUAAAGAAAGGGGUUCUUUUGGGGGAAGUAUUCAAAGCCAAGAAAGACACUGGAAAAAUUGUUGCCAGUGGAAAUAUAUUUCUCAAGCUAUUUUGACAUUUCAGGCACACGUUUUAGACUAUAUUAUGGCUCAGCAUUUAAGUAAACACUUUUUGUCUAUCUUUUCUUUUUCUGGGGAAGAGAAAAAGUUUUGUAGGAGCUCACUAGAAUCACUAUUAGAUGCAUAUUUUUGUGGAAGAGUGGGAAGAAAUAAUCAGAAAUUUAUUUCCCAGUUAACUUGUGAUUAUUUUUAUAAAUGUUUGAGCCAUGAAGAUUGUAAGGAUGAAAUGAUUGAUUUAGUAGAUGAAUAUUUUUUGGAAUUGUGCACUGCAGUCACAGGACUUCCAGUUUCAAGUUCAAGGAUCAUAUCAGGGUUUGUUAUUCAUAGAGAUUUUUCUGUUUACUGCCCAGCAGAUGGCGAUAUGAAAAUAAUCAUUGUAACUGAACCCAUUCAGCCUGCACUUUCCACUUCUGGUUCUGAGCUUGUUGUAAAGUCAGAAGCACGAUUUCAGGCAUCUCAUGUUUGGAUUACAGAAAGGACAAAAACCAUAAUGAAAGAUUUGCAAAGUAAGGGUAUAAAAUUGCUUUUGUCUAGUGUGAAGCAACAGGAUGCAGUUAUUUAUUAUGCAAAACUGAAUGGCAUAUCAGUGGUAGAGUGUAUACCAUCAGAAGAAAUUUCUUUCCUUUGUAGUAUCAUUGCUCUGUCACCUUUUAUGCCAUCAUGGGCCACUUCACAGUGUCACAUCUCUGAGGCUGCGUUAGUGAAAUUUUGUCAGCCCAUUUUGCUUAAUUCCAAAAGGAAUGUUCAUCUUGGCUUACUUAGCACACACUCUUUUAUACCCCACUGUUUAGUUCUUUGCGGACCAGUCCAAGGCAUUACUGACCAACAUAUUCAUGCUUUCCAUGGAGCAUUUAAAGUACUUCGACAAGUCUUUAAGGGACUUUAUCUCAGUUACAAGGCACAAGGAAACAACCAGAGUGAGACCUCAAAUUCUGUUACUUCGAAAGAUAAUAAACAAAGUCACCAUUUGACAGAAGUUUAUAGAGCUUUGUUUGAAAGACAGUGUCUGGACUCAGUUUUAAAGAGAGAAGAUAAUCCGUCUAGAACGCAAUCUGUUUUAAGAGACACUCCAGAUUUGAUACUGUCAAGUAUAGAAUCCGAGAAUAGUAUUCCAAGUACAACUCUAACACACACACACAAAAUGAAGGGAGACUUUGAAUCCCUGAUACGUACUUAUCCCAACAAAAUUGGGAUGAUUAAUGCCAAGGAACCGCUUCUAGCUGUCAGGUAUGGUUGUAAUGGAGAUUCUUUGAUAGAAAUUUCUGAUAAACAUUUAAGUGUCAUUGAAGGGACUUGCAAAAUGAGCAGUGCAACCAUAGGUGUGACCUCAAAGGAGGUAUUUCAGGACACUUCGAAAAGUUACUGUACCUCCUUUAUACAGGCUGGUUCUGUUUUACCAGUAGGUGGUCACUUUGAGAUCCUAUUACACUAUUAUCUUCUUGAUUAUUCCAGACAGUGCCAACAGCCAGAAGUAAGUGUGAUUAGUUCAUUAAUAGCUAAUGCGCUGCUGAGUGUUCCAAAAACCCUUUAUAAGGCUAAGAGAGGAAAUAAAAGCUUUUGUCAUGUGUACUUAAGAACUAUGCUUGCUCUACAAUCUAAGCAGUGGAUGGCAGGGAGUCAAACAGGCCUUGAAUCAGUAGCUUGUAAAUACCAAUUACUGACAUCAGUGCUUCACUGCUUGACAAAACUCUUAACUAUUGACUUAGUAAUCAAGAUUAGUAAACAGCCACAAAAGACUGGUGAUGACGAGACAGAAGAGGAUGUGUGAAAGCAAUUUUGUUCUCAGUGGUUUUUUUUUAAUCUGGCUCAGUUUAUAAACGACAGGUGGAGAGCUGUCCCUCAGCCUAAUUCUUUUAGGUUCUCCAAGAUGAAACCAUGAGGUUAUUAGUCAUUUUGGUGCCUAGAAUGGUGAAAGAUGCUACAUGGUUUUAAAGCCUUUCAUAUUAGUAUGGUCCCAAACUAAGGGUACUGGUCCAUGGGAACUAUAUUUGUUUCUUUUUCUCCAUGUUCUUGUUGGUGUGACUAUGUCAGAGAGAAAAGGGUGGUAAGAGGUUUUCUAUCUCUUUUUCCCCCCAUUUCUCUCUUUUCUGUUCCCUGUUUUUGUACAUUAACUGUCCAUAAUGCAGAUUAGAAGAAAUAUUUAUAUUUGUUUUACUAAUUAACUAGCAAACUGUAAAAUUCCAGACAUAGCAGGGUUUUUUUUUUAAUACCCUGGACUUGAUUAUAGUAGUUUCCACUACUAUAUUUGUUCCAUAGCCAUAUUAAUAAAAAUUUAUUUCUCAUAA